CGAUUCCAGGCGAGAUCUGAUUGUCAAAAAAACAUUUAAAAACUGGACAAGAACUUAAGUUGCAUGUAUGACCCAAAGACAUGUAUGACCAGAAUUUUUGAAGUUAGUAUGCUUAGUAAUUUUUGUAACUGUCAUUGCCACCACUAUCUCCAGCUACACUAUGUCCACGGAACCUAUAGGUAUACCCCUAGAGGGACUGUCUUGUUUGAAGUUUAGGAAAAACGUCAAUAAUUAUUGUUUGUUUAUUUUUGUCAGUCACAACGUAACGUACUUACGAAAAUAUUAUUUGGGCCUAAAUAUGCGUUAUUGGCAAAACUUAUAUUCUGGAUGUGUACUAGAAUAACCACUUCAAAUGAAACAAUAAAAUUAGUAUUUCAGUUACAAUGGACAAACAAAAAUUAAUCUUGUGGUUAAGCGAAACAGCUCAAAGUACUGACGAAAGUGAUUCAAGCGAGUGGAGUGAUGUAUGUACGGUGAAACAAGAUGUUUCUGAAGAAGAGGACUUUAGUGACAAUGAUGACGACUCACUAUUUUUUCCGUUAAUGCAAUAUUUAGUAAGAUUGCGAAGAAAACGUGUUGAUGAUUAUCUGCAUAUAAUAGAUUCUUGGACAGAUUCCGAAUUUAAAAAUCGAUUAAGAUUAUCACGGAAGACUGCUUACCGGCUUAUUGAUGAAUUAGAAAAAUCUGGGUUCAUAGCAUCGCAUAAGUUUGGAUUAAAACCUUUGGAGCCUAAACUUUGUAUUUACAUAUUCCUCUCUUUUAUUGCAAACACUGAACCACUGACACCAAUAGCAACACGAUUUGACAUUUCCAUUUCAUCAACAUUUAGAGUUAUUAGAAGAGUGGUGGCUUGGAUCCUUACAAAAUUGGAUGAUGCUAUAAAGUGGCCUCAGAGUUAUGAAGAAAUAAGCUACUUAUGUGAUUCAUUUAACACCAAGACUGGUAUUACUCACAUGAUUGGAAUUAUUGACUGUACCCACAUUAAAAUUGAGAAACCCAAGAAUGCAAGAGAGUAUUGUAACCCUAAAGGAUACUUCUCAAUUAUUCUUCAAGCCACUAUUGAUGCUAAUUUGAGGUUUACAAAUGUUUUCUGUGGUGAACCAGGCUCAUCUAACUGUGCUAGAGUUCUCAAGAAAUCUCCUUUGUAUAAUACUGCAACACAAAAUAGGAAUUCUCUAUUUCCACAUAAUACCUUUUUAGUUGGACAUUCAGGAUAUCCAUCUUUACCUUGGCUCAUGCCUCCAUUUAGAGAAAACAAAAGACUGACACCUCAGCAAAGAGAAUUUAAUGCCUUACACACAUCAACAAGGAAGUUGAGUGAUAAAGCUUUCAGUUUAUUGAAGGGGAGGUUUCGUAGAAUAAAACUAUUCACUGUGUAUAGAAAUAUAGCCUUUAUAACUGAUACAAUUGUGGCUGCAUGUAUCUUGCACAACUAUUGUCUCAAUGAAAAUGAUCAUUUGGAAGAACAUGAAUGAUUUAUAAAUAUUUUGCUCUAAGCAAUAAGUAUUUUCUCAUGGACAAUAUUUGUGGUUCCUUCUUUCAGCAUGUAAACAUGUUGCAGAUUUUAAAUAAGUCUUUUGUAUAAAAUGUAGAUUUCACAGCAUCAUGUUAAACAAUAUUUAUAAGUAUAAAAGUGCAAUUGCUAUGAAUGGUUACUAUUGCCUCAUUAAAUCCUGAUCAGCCAAAAGCUUUCUCAAAAGUGCA